AGAGCAUGAGGAAUCUUACAUUGAUAGUAUGUGACGUUCAGCCCGAUGUGGUAAAGAAAGUUGGGGAAUCGUGUCGGUUCGUCGACUUGGUCGACGUCGCAAUUCGCGCCGCUCGCAACUCACGAACACAAAAUGUUCGUAUAGUUCAUACUAUGAUUCUGUUUCCGGAUACUUAUGAUUCUAUUCCUCCUUCGCACCCUAAACUGGGUGUAUUGCGCAAAAUGCAAGCCAAGAACAUGCCGAUCAGCUGGUUUACUUCUUCCGAAUUAUGCGUUCCGGCAUUAGAAAACGAGACCGUGGUGAGCCGGACGACAUUUUUGCCUCAAGCCACCGACACAGAGCUUUUAGGUGCAUUUCUGAACUCGACAAAGCAGACUUCGACAGGGGAUCAGCAUUUUGCAGUGUUGGGAUACGGACCGACCGCACAGGCCAUAUGCAAUUUAUUGGGCGAUGUGAUCGGUGCUCCAAAUGUGCAAAUACUCAGGGACUGCGUAGGAGACGAAUCUUCUGAGCGCAGAGAAGCCUUUAUGAACCACGGAUUGCUUUUCCGGGAAGAGGUGUGCUCUCUGGUUGACUUUUUGGAAUGUAAGUGAGGAAAAGACCAACAAAGUAGAACCAUGAGUGAUCAUUACCGAAUUGCCAGUCCUGAUAAAGAUCGUUUGUCACGUUUAUGAAUGGUUCAUUGCUACCCUCUGAUAGCAAUGGAUUUACUGCAGCAAAGAAUUACCGACUUUCCUACGUCAAUUGAAAAUAAACCUGGUUCUUCGGCCCAGAGAUAUGUAUGCGAUUGCGGUCGAGGCGGACAUUUGCCGCUUUACAUGACCUAUUUAGUACGGGAUCACGGCUAUAUGAAAUGGCCCCAGCAACCGUGGUUCCAGGACAUUACAAACCAUGGAAAGCAGUAUUUCUGUCCCCUUGGUAGACGCAUUGUGGAAUUGUGCGAUGAACCUCAAUUUUGUUCCUCUACGCGAUUUUUCCUUAAAAAUAGGAAAUGGCUAGACGAAAAAGACUUAGUCUUGAAGUUGGUUCCAGAGUUGAUGCCACCCACAUUUGACAAACUGCAAGAUGCCAAAAACUAUUGUGAUCACAUUAGAAUAAGCAGUGGUGACAGUGAGAAUCUCGUCUGGUUUCUCAAAAAGAUAAACCAAAACGGUGGUCGAGCUGUCCACGUAAGCCUCGGACUUCCAACUAAAGCUUUGGAACCUGAUGAGCAACUUCAAGUGCAUAUCCAACGGCCGCUACUAUGUCAGUAUUCAAAAAUUAUCAACGGCCAAGAAGUAUUCGGCUGUCACAAAUGUCACGUGAAGACAUACCAAUGGAUCGGGUGUACGAAAGACGAGGCGACCAACAAAAUUUCUUGGCAAUUGUAUAUCCACGAUUUGUAUUAUCUAGCCAUAGCCGACGAACCUUUCGAUCCAAGCAACGUAUCAGAUGAGGUACAGAUAACAACGAUGCGAAGGCGACGACUCUAUGCAGAUCAUCCAUGGCGAGUUCAAUGGGACUUGACGAUGAAAUGCCAAACAAAUAUGGAAACAAUACUACGACGGGCCAUCGAGCAGGGCAAGCUACAGUGCCAUCCGCCUUCAUCAGAAAUAGAAGGGCAGCGUACGGCCGAAAAUGCCGCCCUGCAAUUCGAAGUCAUGAGUGCAGAUUGGAUGCUGGACGAAGAUGGGAACAUGUUUUUCAUUGAAUGCAACGGCACACCGGUACUGUAUGAUCCCUCGAUAUCUCAACCACUGACAACACGCGGGCUGAACCUUUACGACGGCUUGUGCAGAGAAGAUCCAGAAGGAGCGGUUGUGAAUGACUCCGAUCUGCUCAGGGAAGCCAUAGGACUAGCUCUGAACGGGAAACUACCUAAAACGACUCUGUGGAAGCACAUUGCAACGAUACCUAGCCCGUGAGUUGUUUUCGGUCCCUUUAACCAACUGUACGUAAAAAUCGAAUAUUGAAGCGGCUAUGAUAAACUACUUUUCAGAAG